AUGGAACGAUGUCUGCAAGAGUAUAAUGAGCUCUUACUUGCUUCACUACAUGAUACUAUGGAAUGCAGUAUGACGAAUAUCCUUACAGAGAGAUUACAACAAGCUCGCGACACUUUCCGUUCUCGUUCAAAUCUUCUUGUUCGAGCUAUUCAUUUUCUUAUUACCACAUUUAUUCUGCUAAUAACUAUUCUCUAUCGCGUUUGUAAUUGGACCAUUUAUUGUUGUAUUUUUCCUUUUGUUGCUAUCAAACGAUUUAUUCAGCUUCUGGUCAAUUGGAUUAUUGAUUGCGGCUAUAUUGUUGUCAAAUUUGUUAUUGCGCUUUUAGCAGCAAUAACGAUUUUCAUAACGACAGUAUAUCUGGUUGGAUUUAGCGCAAACAGUUAUGGGUUUCUCAUUGUUUUUCCAUAUCGCAUGAAAUUCAUGGCAAUAGCAGUAGUCGCCAUUGUAUUGAAAUCACUAGCUGAAGUCAUAUUAAGGAGUACAUCGACAGCUGCCUUACAAUUUGUAAAACAAACAAUCGUAGGAAAAAUAAUGAAAAAUAGAAGAGUGAUAAUCAAUAAUGAUCUCGCUGUUGGAUUUCAGCACAUUGGCACUGUUCUUAUGGUAGUGGGAAUCAUCGUAGUAAUAGUAUUAUCUACUAGUGUCAUAUUGAUGGGAAUUUUUAGCGUUGGAAGUACAUUAGUGAAACCGAAACGAGAAGCAGUAGUUGAGAAAUCGGUUGUAGAAAAUGAAAACAUUUCGUUUAUAGCUGCUAAAGAAACAUUCUCUAUCGCAAUUGAAAAAACAAUGAUGAAAGUAGUGAUAAAAAUAGUGGAAAAACUAGUAGAUAGAAUAAUUGAAAACGUAGCUAAAAAGAUUCCAUUUAUUGGAAUUGGUUCAGGUAUUGGAUUUGCAAUAUGGAGAAUCUUAGAAAAUCCCGCAUUUUUCUCCACGUAUGUCAAGGCAGGUUUUGAAAUAUUAUCUGGCAUUGCUUCAACUAUUCCAGGUAUUGGUACAACCUUUUCAAUCACUACUGACAUUGUUCUUGCAGCAUCUGAUAUAAAAGAUGCAAUAAAAAUUAACAAUUUCCAUUUAACUACUAACAGAAGUAUUUUAAACAAAUAA